AUGGCUCGGUUCGUGCAGAGUGCGUUGACAGGGGAUCCCAAAUAUAUCGGGGACUACGCCGGAACGUAUGGAAACGUUCUCACCUGCCCAGGGAACCACUACCGGCGUGGAAAGAACAGGAAAUUCUGGGGUUGGGGUGUUUCGGCCAUAUGCGAGGAGUGUUAUAUAUCCUUUGCAAAGGGGACUGCCUUGGAAGGGAGAUUCGCCCUCAAGGGGGAUCCAGAUCCCAAAGGCCGGAUGUGUGACAUGUACUCACCAAGAAUGAGGAAGCUCUAUUUGGAGGCCUGCGAGACUGGCGACCUCGAGGGAUUUCUAGCGAUUGGAAACCAGAGGCACGAAGUCUGGUGCGCCACCAUUGCCGUCUGUGACCGCAUCCAGUCAGAUAUGCAGAUGGCUGCCUUCGAAGCCAACCGGCUCCGGUCCUCGUCCAUGUUCUACAACUUCCUUGGCCACUCGGUGGAUAACACGAUGGGUCAUAGCUACACCGUUGGCAACUCGUACGCGGGGUACGGGCACGCCAAUGACUAUCUGCUGACUGGGGCCACGAUGGCAAAACAGGCCCAGGAGGCGUCGAAUGAGGCAACGAACCUGUCGGGUCCGGCCCGGAUGGCGAUGUUGAGGCGGCAGUGGGCCGAGGUGGAAUGA